ACUGAAAAUGAUAGCAACUUUGUUCUGUUUUUUUUUUUUUUGUUAUUCUUUUGAAUAUUCAUCUACCAAGAUUUCAGCUUUUUGCUUGACUUUUAUUCCUGUACAAAAAACAAGUUUAUGUGAAUACUGGGUAUUUUCUAUGUUUGUUGUUUCAUUUAUUUAUUUUUUCUGCUGAAUUGAUAGUCCAUUAAGUUCUUGUGAUGUAGCUUAAACUGUAAUUAAUUUUCAUUUCUUUUCGGACUUUUAAGUUAUGUUAUUGUUUUUUCAUUUAUUAUUACCAUGUUGAUAUGAAAAGUUGUUCUUUUAGCAUACUUUUUAUCAUUGAAAAAGGAUUACAUUUGGUAUGGACAUUUUUGGAUUUUGGAUUCUUGAUCUUUGCUGAUUCGUAGUCAAAUUAAAUAUUGAUGAUGUAGCUUAAACUUUUUAAGUGUUAGGGAGAGGUGAUUAGUGUCAAUGGACCUUGGGCCUAACUCAACCUCAAAAGCUAGCUCAAGAGGUGAAGAUUAUCCAAGUCCAUAUAAGCAAACCACUAGUCCAUUCCCCAACCAAUGUGGGACUUUUACCCACUCUAACAAUUAGAAGGUACAUGGUGCAGUUUCAGCUUAGCGAGGGCUUGACUUUAGAUGGGACGGUGUGGAAGACACUGAUUAAGAGUAGUUGAAAAUUGAUAAAGGUUUCAUGGAGCUAUAUGAGGCAGAAUCUGCAAUUAAAUUAGAGGAUGAAGCUUGUUCAUUUUUACCUGACCCGAAUCUGAUUAAUAAUCUCAGAGUUAGUGAUAAUUUAGUCAACAGGAGUGUCGAUAUUAGUCCAUUUCAAUCUGACAUCGGACCAAAUACUUUAGUCCCAUCAACUGCAGAUGACUUUCAUGAGGAUUACGAUUUCGGUGACGGGGCGCUUAAGUAUAUAAAUCAGAUGCUUAUGGAAGAGGACAUUGAAGAGAAGACUUGCAUGUUUCAAGAGUCUGCAGCUCUUCAAGCUGCAGAAAGAUCGUUUUAUGAAGUUAUUGGAGAGAGGUACCCUUCUUCUGCAAAUCAUGAGAAACCAUCCAGUUUAGGUCAGAAUGAACCUUAUGCCGUGGACCUUAGUGGUUUCAAGUAUAGUGGAAAUGAUGGCUUACCAUGCCCAAAUUGGAUUCUUGAUCUCGGUGAGGAUGACGUGUCACAUGUGUCUCAUGUUCCCGAUGGUGUUGCUUUGCAUUCAACUUCUCGGUCAUCCUACAGUCCGUCAGGCACUGUCACAGAUGUGCUUGUGGAUUCUCCUGUAAGCACACUUGGGAUUGCCGAUAUAUUUAGCGAUAGAGAGCCCAUUAUGAAGUUUAAGAAAGGCGUGGAGGAGACAAGUAAGCUCCUUGGUGUUGCUUUGCGUUCAACUUCUGUGUCAUCCCACAGUUUGUCAGGCACAGCCACAGAUUUGCCUGUGGAUUCUCCUGUGAGCACAAUUAGGAUUCCGGACAUAUUUAGUGACGGAGAGUCUAUUAUGCAGUUUAAGAAAGGAGUGGAGGAGGCAAGUAAGUUCCUUCCUACGGGCAAUAGCUUGCUUGCUGAUGUGAGGUAUAAUGUUGUGGGAAAGGAGCAGUAUGAAGAGAGAAAAGAUGCAGUAGUAAAGUUUGAGAAGUAUGGGGAAAAGCAAUCUCCUGAAAGGUCGAGAGGGAAGAAAAACACCCUUCAUGAAGAUAUAGUAGAUUCAACGGAAGGGAGAAGCAACAAGCAGUCUGCAGUAUUUUCUGAACCAACUGUUCGAUCAGAAAUGUUUGAUAGGGUGCUGCUAUGCAGCGCAGGGAAAAAUGAAUCUGCUCUUCGGGAAACCUUGCAGGCUAUAUCAAGGCAAAAUGCAUUAGAGAAUGGCCUCUCAAAGGGAUCGAAUGGCAAGAAGUUCCAGGGAAAGAAAAAAGGGCUUAAAAGAGAUGUAGUGGACUUGAGCACACUCUUGACGCUAUGUGCACAAGCUGUUGCUGCCGGUAAUCAAAGAACAGCAAAUGAGCUUCUGAAGCAGAUCAGACAAAGUUCUUGUCCUAUGGGGGAUGGGAUGCAGAGGCUGGCGCAUUAUUUUGCUGAUGGUCUUGAGGCAAGGAUGGCUGGAUCCGGUACUCAUAUUUAUAAAGCCCUUAUUGCACGGCCUGUAUCGGCAGCUGAUAUCUUGAAAGCAUACCACCUAUUGCUUGCUGCUUGCCCAUUCAGAACUGUCUCUAGCUUUUUCUCAAAUAAGACUAUUUUGAAUCUAGCUGAAAAGGCAUCAACAGUACAUAUUAUCGACAUUGGCAUUAUGUGGGGUUUCCAAUGGCCUGGCCUCAUACAACGUCUCUCUUCUAGACCAGGUGGACCUCCCAAGCUUCGUAUAACUGGGAUUGAUUUUCCAAAUCCUGGUUUCCGACCAGCAGAAAGGGUUGAAGAAACAGGGCGGCGGUUAGCUAAUUAUGCUGAGAGCUUCAAAGUUCCUUUUGAGUUCCAUGCUAUAGCACAAAAGUGGGAAACAAUUAAACUUGAGGAUCUUAAGAUCAGUAAGGGUGAGGCUCUUGUGGUAAAUUGUCUGUUCCGUUUUAGGAAUCUACUUGAUGAGACUGUGGUGGUGAAUAGUCCAAGAGAUGUUUUCCUGAAUCUUCUCAGGAGGUUGAAUCCAGAUGUUUUUAUACAGGGAAUUGUAAAUGGUGCUUAUAAUGCCCCAUUCUUCGUCUCACGAUUCCGUGAGGCUCUUUUUCACUACUCAUCCUUGUUUGAUAUGCUUGAAGCUACUAUUCCUCGGGAAAUGCACGAGCGGAUGCUGGUUGAAAAGAAUAUUCUUGGUCAGGAGGCAAUGAAUGUCAUUGCGUGUGAAGGUGCCGAGAGAAUUGAGAGGCCAGAAACAUACAAGCAGUGGCAAAUCCGGAUUAUGAAGGCUGGUUUUCGGCAGCUUCCUUUGGAUCAAGAGAUCAUGAGACUGAUAACAGAAGGAUUCAAAGUGUAUGACAAGAAUUUUAUGAUCGAUGUAGAUAGUGAAUGGCUACUGCAAGGAUGGAAGGGCCGUUUUGGAGUUGCACUUUCAACAUGGAAGGCAGCGUAUUAAAUUUGUUCUUGUUCCUCAUCAAGGAGCAUGUUCAGCAGCCUAGAUAUCCCUCCGCCCCUUGUAAACAACGAGCUGAUGAAUGGUAUUCACUUUUCCAGGUGCUAGUUAUUAAUUUUGUCACUUCUAGUUUUUUAUAUAACAAGAACAAAUGUGAAGGCUAUGAUCAUAACUAUGCUUUGCUUAUUGCUGCCUUCCUUUCCUAACGCGUUGAGCUGUGGCAUUAGCAAAAGGAGAGGGGAGCGAUGAAACAAUUUUGAGCAGCAUCUGUAUCUGCUACUACUCAUUUUACCAGGAGAUAACAUUAAAAGAAUUGAGCAAAUAGGCAAUACGUGUAUUGCUUUCUCUUCAUUUGUAAUUUAUAUCAACCAUGUUAGUUAUAUGUAGCAUUUGUAAUGAUUUGUGAAGGUGUUAUAGGUAUUUCUACAAAAAAGGCGAAUUCCAGCAUGCUUAUUUUCCA